AGUUAGAGCAUCGCUCAUCUCUAUCGUCGAACAGCUGAUUGCUGUUUUUCUUCUAUUUUAUAAUUUUGAGUAUCGUGUUGGUAAACUGAAGAUAAAAAAUUUUAUAUAAGAAACGUAAAACCUAAAACAUGGCGUUAUUUCAAAUGAAAUGGCUCCGUCGCUUUGUGCGCCGGCACACAAAUCCGAUACCAGAGCAACGUGCCGAUAUGUGGAAGCGGCGCUUGAGCAUUGGCUAUGCAAUCCUAGCCUGGCAGGCGUUCGGAAUGGUAUGCUAUAUGGUCUACACUGGCCGCAACGAUUGGGCACAAUAUUAUGGCUACAAAUCGGAGGAGGAUAUGGCCCUAUCACCGUCUCAACAAUUUGCUAAACAUAUUCGAGUGGAAGGCACCGGCAAAAUUAUACGUUUUUCAGGAUUUUCUAAAGUUGAUGAAAUACCAUUCGACUCAAAAGCCGUUGAGCAUGUGAAGGACUGAACUGAGCAGAUAACUUAAUUGGUAAUUUACCUAAUAUGUUUUUUUUCUGUUUAUUGUUGCAAAAUAAAUUUGAAAAAAAUUGUCUAAAUAUGAACUAUAUUGGUAUUUUUACGUAAAUUAAAAGCGGUCACACUGACAGCGAACAGAAACAGACGCCGCUGCAGCAAACAAACAACCAAAGACAAUGCUGCUACCACGCGAGCAGCAAUAAACAUACAAAUUAUAGGAACAAUAAUCUUUAAAUAAAAGAGAGAGAGUGUGAAACAACGUGGUCGUCUAACGGCAUUUAAGUGUAUUGGCAAAGCUACUAAAGAAAACUCAUACGUGCACACACAAAACACACAUACACAUAUGUAUAUACAUUGUACAUAUGUGUAUGUUAAAUGUACCGUUGAUUGAUUAUUACUGUUGAUUGCAGCUGCCUCUUGCAUUGCAUCUCUUGCGGAGGACAAGGAACCUCGAGUUCUGCCUCCUCCAACAACUCAUCGCACAAGCAACAGCAGCAGAAUUCGAACAACAAUCG